AUGAACGCAAUGAUCGUGGAUGAUGUGCGUAGAUUUGGAGUUGCGACGAAAUACCAAGGAGAUGAAGACGAGAAAUAUACCUUGCAAAUGGUUUUAUACUGGCUUUCCAAAGCACCUUGUACUAAGUCAAUUUUAAAAGAAUUAAACUUUCCGAAUGCGCUAAGUUCCUUCGUCAUUCAUCCAAAGGCAUUUCGUCAAUCUUGUACUACUUCACUAGCUCGAACCCGUGCCUGCGCUGCUUCAUCUCGUCUCACCGCACCUGUAUCUCAGACUCGAACUGCUUUUGGUUCAACUCGAGACGGCUGCGCUCUAAGUUCAGACUUUGCUUUCCCAAAAUCAGCAGAGCUUCCGUGA